AUGCGGGCCGCACGGGCCCUUUUGGCAGUGCUCGCGCUGCUGCUCGCGGGGUCUCUUGGCGCAGCGGCGGCGCGGACGGGUGCAGAGUGCGACGGGUCAUGUGCGAGCGAGAGCGCGGCCCUGGAGCGCCGCCUCCAGACCGUGCCAGACCCCGUGCUGAUAUGCAGCACUGUCGUCCUGUCCUUCGUGGAGCCGAAGGUCAACGCGUUUGGCCAAGCUGACGUCGGGCAGACGCUCACAAGCGCAGAAUUCGAGACCCGCUACACGGGCGUCACGGUCAACCUGAUCGCUAACGUCAUGCGACGGCUCGGGUGGAACUACCAGGUGCGCUUCUACACGAGCAGCACCGACCUCCUGUACGCGGUGCGCGAGGGCGCGACCUCGGGCUGCCACAUCGGCGCGGCGGCGAUCAGCCAGACCGCCACGCGCGACCGCUGCGACUCGACUUGCCCCGCGCUCACCACUGUGCCGAGCGAGGCGAACGCGUGCUGCCUGGACUUCACGCACGACUACCUCCCGAGCGGAGCGAGCAUCCUCUCGCGCUCCUCGGUCAGCAGCGCCGGGGUCCGCAAGCUCUUCGAGGCCCUCGUGCAGCCCGAGCUUAUCAAUGUCCUGUGCUGGACCUUCAUGGCGCUCAUGGUGGUCGCGCACAUCAUGUGGUGGGUCGAGUCGGGCAUGCAGCCGAAGAAGAUCAGCCCGAAGUACCUCAUGGGCAUCGACGACGCGCUCUGGCUCUGCCUCGUCACGCUCACCACCGUUGGGUACGGCGACCUCGCGCCCGUGAGCGGCUCGGGGCGCAUCGUGGCGGGCGUGUGGAUGAUCAUCGGCCUGCUGUUUAUUUCGACGCUGUCCGGUAUAUUGGCCGCCGUGUGGGUGGAGACGCGCCUCGCGCGCUUCACGUUCGUCAGCGGCCUCCGCGAGCUCAACGGCCGCACCGUGUGCACCACCGAGGGCUACUUGACCGAGCUCCUGGCGUCGACGCGCCCCGCCGCGGUGUUCGUCGUGCCGGACCAGGAGGCCUGCGUGGUGCGGGUGUCGUCCGGCGCGCAGGAGACCGCGCUCCUGGACUGGCCCGUGGCGCGCGGGAUCAUCUCCCGCGGCCUCGUGCCCGACGACAUGGCGCUGACGGGGAUCCUUUGGCCCGGCGACAUCGCGCUGGCCACUCGCGAGGGCUGGGAGCACCUCGGGUCGCUCAACGAAGAGCUGCUGUCGUUCACGACGGAGCGGGUGCCGCUGUCGGCGUCGGAGAAGACGCACGAGGUGUCGGUGCGGGAGUUCUUUCCGAACGAAAACGGCAUCGACAGCGUGGCCAACGUGGUGACGUUCGGCGACGGCGAGACCGAGAUCGAGAAGGGCGACGCGCAGGCCAGCGACUCGUACAGCUGGGGCGUCAUCGGCACCACGCUGGCCCUGCUGGCCGUCUACGUAGUCAUGACGGGGCUGGUGUGGUUCUACCGGCGCCGCGUGAGGCUCGGGCUGCGGGUCUGGCGGGCGCGGCGGCGGCGCGCGUCCACGGGGCCGAAGCGGGGCGCCUCGGGGAACGAGGUGUCGCCCGAGGGCGCCGACGACGCGCCGCCGUCGAUCCACUUCUACGGCGCGCUGGACCGCGGGCUGUACGAGAUCACCGCGGCGCUGUUCGACCUGGAGCAGGAGGACGAGAAGAUCGACGACAAGCUGGAGGACCUCGAGGAGGAGGAGGCGGAGACGACGACGGAGGAGGGGCAGGAGGUGCCGCCAGUGGCGACGGCGAAGCAGGCGCAGCCGGCCGCGGGGCAGGCGGCACGUGGGAGCGACGAGAUCCCCCUGCCCGGGAAGGUCGCGUCCGCGUCGGGGGGAGAAGGGUUGUCGGGGCACGAGCCGCCAAAGGAGCAUCCGUCAGGACACCCCCCGGGGGACAGCGUGCGCGAGGCGGGCGCGGUGCGCCCUCUGCACGCGCCUCCGGUGGUGCGCACCGUCGGCACCGCGGGGCGGCAGCAGAGCCGAAGGUUGGCGGCGGCGCACAUGUCGUCGGGCCGCCCGCCGGCCGGGAGGGCGGGUGUCCGGUUCGACGCGGGCACGGCUGUCGCAGACGGGCCCGGGCCGCUGUCGCGCAACGCGACGGAGGACGCGUCGUUCUGGGAGCUGGUGGACGGCGACGGCGACACGAAGAUCAUGCUGAAGACCAUGGACGUCCGGAUGCAGAUGAUGAUGCAGACGCUGCUGUCGAUCGCGAACAGCAUGCCGAUGCCGCGCGAGCGGCUGGCGGAGGUGCAACAGAUGGAGGCCAUGCUGGGGCGGCUGCAGCGCCUGCAGACCACGCGCAGGAAGCGCGACUUCAGAAUCAGAUCGAUGAAGUCCACGCGGGUCGUCCGCAACACGAGCAGCAGAGUGCGGAUCGCGGGCGGCGGCGCCCAUUCCGACUCCGAGGCGUCCGAAGAGGGCGACGCGUAG